AUGUCCACUACACCACUCCACUCUACAGGCCGCGGAGGAGCCGGUAACAUUGGGCACGAUGAUACGGUAUACGCCGAUGGUGCUAUCACCCGCGAAGGCCUCGCAGGCGAGUCUGUUGCCAACGAGUUCUCUACUGGCCGCGGAGGUGCUGGAAACAUAGGGAAGUCGCCUCGACUUGGACCGCAGGUUGUCGACGGCGACAGCCCUCGUCGUUCCACCGAUGUCGUUCCUGAACUUGCGACACGCGAGGCUCAAGAUGAGUUCCAUACAGGCCGUGGUGGUGCUGGCAACGUUUUCAAGGAGAAGCAUGGAGGACACAGCAAGUCUCCCGAUCGUCAGGGCCUUGGCGACAAGAUCAAGCAUGUGCUUCACCUCGACAAGGACAAGAAGCAUGAGUCUUCUCCCCUCGCGCAGGAGACUACCGUUGGAGAUAAACAGUGA